UCAAUCUUCACAGACUACAGCCUAUGCCAGUGAAAUAACACGACGUCAUAGUGAAAAAAGAAGUUCAACUUCAAGUUCUUUACUUCGUUAUUCUUGGUCCUUGGCGCUCGCGAGAGGACAAGGGAGCAUAAGAGGAAGGCGGACCGUCGCGCCGCUCUGAGUCGUGCGAGCGAAUUUCUUCUUCGUUGAGACGCUUGCACUCUCAACCGAGCAAGAACAACCCGAAGAAUCCUGUGGCAAUGUCAGCGGAAAAGAGCAACGUGCAGGUUGUAGUAAGGCUACGGCCUCCUGAAGACCCGACUGAAUCUAUAGAUGACGUGUACGUUUUUCAGCCUGACAAGCCUCAUGUCCUCACCAUCCGGGACCCUCUGUCAAAAGGUAAGAACUUCUGUUGUGUAAUUCAUAAAGAUCAUGCUUAUGAAUGUUUUUCACCAUGUAUUUAUUUCUCUUUUUAUCUCAAUUUUUGUUUUUUGUAGGAGGACUGAAAAUCCAAAAAUCAUCCAGGUCGUUCCGACCACACUUUCUUGUAUUCGAAGAUCUUGUUGCCCCAUGUGCUACAAGAGGACACGUACCGGGAGGUGGCGCGGCCGCUGGUCAACCACUGCAUGUUGGGUUUCAACAGUUGCUGCUUUGCCUAUGGCCAGACGGGUUCCGGAAAGACCUACAGCAUCUUCGGCGAGGGUGCGAGUGAACGAAGGGGUAUCCUACCUCGAGCAGUCGAGUACCUUUUCGAGCGAAUAGAGGAGAACGCCGAAAGGAAAGAAAUAGGUAGGAAUCUAAGUAGGCCAGUUAUGUCCUUUGACACUUCGUGAUUUCUGUUCAUCUUCUCGGCACAGGCACAGAUGCACGGACAGACUCUCGUCUCGCAUCAACAUCUUCAUCACAAAGAUAUCAAUGAAUAGCUCGCUUUAAACAGAUGAUUCCGAUCCUUCAAUACAUGAUCCAAUCAAACCAGGUAUGGUGUGCAGCUUUCUCGAGGUUUAUCUGGAUCAAAUCCGCGACCUUGGCCGCGCCUACAUGUCGGACCGGUCGCGAUCAAAGGGCUCGAAUGCCUCAGCAGGAUCCUCGGGACCGAUCAGGACGGGCGGAGCAAGUAAAUAUGUAUUGAACAUGUAGUUCUAAAUCUAGUUAAGAAGUUAGAGUCACUUUCACCAGUGUGUGACAGAAACCAAUAUACUCAAAAGUUUGAGUUAUCUUCAGUUUGUUGAUAUGAUGUUGGUCGUAUCUGUCAAUCUAGAAAUCACGACUACAGGCUUAUCAAAAAUCUUCUUUCAAAAUCUAUCAGUCUCUCAUUCAGUUUGAACUGUCGCAAUAUGACUACAGGCAAGCGGCCGACAUCCGCGACACCAGCCGGGCGCAACGGGAGCAGGCCCGGGUCCGCCGUGCGACCAAGCUCAGCGGUCGUCGCCAAUAGCGGCCCAGACUUUGGAAUGGCUGGGGACGGACAACUAGACCUGCGAGGAUGGGCAAAUCAAGAUCUAGAGAUACACGAGACACCAGAAGGUCAAGUCUUCGUCAAGGAUCUAACACUAGUACCUGUCAGGACCAUUCAGGAGGUAAUGGAUGUCGUAAACUUGGGUCUGCACUUGCGAGAAACGCAUGGAACGCACAUUAUGUCUAGUGAACAGGGGACAAGUGAGCAUUUAGGUAGAAAGGGAUUCGAGUGUUGAUGGUGUAAAGUGUGGUGGAGGUGCUGUAUGCUAGUUUAGGUCUGAUUUUCUCACUUGGUUCUUGUGGUACGUGGGAUUACUACUUCAUCCAGAUGCAGAUGAUUUGAUUUUGGACACCGACUCGGGGUCGGGUUGCAGGGCUCUGUUGUAAUUCUAAGUAAUUCAUUGUUGACUUAAUGAAGAAUCACCGCUUUUCGUCAAUCUCUAUUUUGAUUUUUUACGCUUCUCUAAUGCCCUGAAUGCGUCAAGUAGUCGCAGUCACACCGUUUUCACGAUCAACGUGGUACAGAAGGAUAGGCGAGCCGAGGAUGCCGAUGUUAUAUCAGGCGUGUUGAACCUGGUAGAUCUUGCGGGUAGCGAAAGGAUAGCUCGGUCAAAAAGUGAAGGAGCCCGAUUUCAAGAGGCAGUAGUGAUAAAUUCAUCCCUCAGCGCGCUAGGCCGCGUCGUGCUUGCGCUUUCGCAAGAAACGAAAGAUGCGAAGUACUACUACUAAAAGGUGGAAUAGGCUAAGAAGUAGAAGUAGUGCUAGAAGUAGAAUGAUCAGAUUUAUUUCAGUAUAACUAAAGGAAAGAAGUAGUAGUACUAGAAGUAGAGUGAUCAGAUUUAUUUCAGUAUGACUAAAGGAAAGGAGUAGUAGUACUAGAUGAAGUAGAGUGAUCAGAUUUAUUUCCGUAUGACAGACUAAGAUACCUGCUCACAACUAAUGUGCUGUCUACAACCUUUACCUUUUUUGGCCUUUCACGCACACAGCAUCAUCCAGGUUCAUUCCAUAUCGCGACUCCAAGUUGACGAGGAUACUUCAAGGGUCGCUCGGCGGCAAUUCUUUCACGACCUUGCUAGCAUGCAUCAAUCCAGGCGCCGACAACUAUGAGGAAUCGGUAAUGUUGACUCGUAUGUGUAGGGAUAGAAGACUACCAUAAUAUGUAGAAGUGAAAAGCCUAGGACACCAGGAUAGCGAUUCUACCUAGGACUCGCUCAGUAACAGCACGCUGAUGACCACUAUAUCGUAGUGAAAGACAAAGAAGUACAACACCAACAAAUCCCAGGUCAACACGCUGAUGUUUGCGGACCGGUGUCGCUACAUGGAAAAUAGGCCUGUAGUGAAUUACGUUGACCCUGCGACUAGCAACAAUGACCGAAGGGUCCGAAGGCUGCUCGCUGAGAUAGCCGACCUCAAAAGCCAGCUGGAUAUUAGCAGAGCCACGGCGGAACAGAAAGUAAAUUUCGUGAACGAAAACUUGGGUGCGAAUGGCAUGCCGGAUUACCUGAAGUUAUGAUAAAUGACGUAAGAUGAGAACAGCAGAUGGCGGCCGUGUAGUUAUACUAGGAGAUGUAAGUAGUACCAGGUAGAUUUACUGAUUUGUAGUUAGUAGUGCUCCCUGAUUUGUUACAGUAGCAAGCACAAGCAGUACGUUUUUUGAAAUCGAUCGCCAUGAAUAGGCGUCCAUGUUGUAACGAGGAUACUCAAAAAUACACGAUCAUGAAGUAAGUCAAAGUCCUCUGCGAUUCUAAUUCUCGGCCUCGCAGAGGCGGACGAGCAAACAAAGAAGGCAAAGGUGGAGCUAGAACGAGCACAGAGGGAGGCUGCGAAGAACCUAGCUGACCAAUUGAAGAAAACAGAAGCUGCAGAAAGGAGAGCGGCUGAGAUGGAACUUAUGGUAUUCUUGUCGUCUCGCGAAGGGAUCCUCGUCUGCCAGUUAACACCAGUCUAAGUAGCAUGUCCAGACCUACUUAGAAUAUGACAAGACGGCGCCAUGAUCCCACAGAGUAGAAGAUGCAACUAGUGGUCUUUUCUUGAUGAGAUCCUGCAUUAUACUAGCGCUAGUCUAACCCGGGCCAAUUCGAAAACGCAAGGAAGGAGACGGCUGACCGAGAGGAAGCGAGGCGGCGAGAGUUGCUGGACCUGAGGGACAGAAUGCUACAGCUAGAAAAAGACCUCACACAGCAGAAAAACAACUACGAGAAGCUGAUGAAGGAUGUAUUGAUCUUUGUCCUAAAUUUAUUCAGUAGAACAACAACUACGACUAGCUGCUGAAGGAUGUACUUCUAGUUGUGGUCUUACUUUGUGCUAGAAGUAAGUUGAAGAUGUGAUCCAAACGAUUCAGAGGAGGCGGAUGGCGUUCUUGAAGGAGGUUCGAGGUCAGUAUCUACUCGCGCUCGCCUGGAGCGCCCGACAACACCCCCCCGCGCUAGGAUUCUCCUCCUCCCGAAGUAACCAGCGGAGCACUAAGCUUGCUUGAGAUUCAAUUUCUUGGAUUUGAAUUGCUCAAAUCCAAAAAUUUCGAUUUUAAACAGUUAUUCUGAAAUUCAAUCCCUUGGAUUUGAAUUUCUCAAAUCUAAAAACUUACAACUUUAGCAAAUUUCUUCUGGCAUUCAAUUUCGUGGAUUUGAGAGCUCAAAUCUAAAAACUUUCGACUUUAGCAAGCUUCUCGGGCUUUCAAUCUCUUGGGUUUGAAUUGCUCAAAUCCAAAAACUUCCGAUUUUAGUAAAUCCGGCUCGGCUUCAACUUCUUGGAUUUGAAUCCCUCAAGUCAAAAACUUGCGCUCUUAGCGAGUUUCCCCGCGAUAGAAUCUCUUGGAUUUGAAUCCCCCAACUCCGAAAGUUUUUGGCUUUAGCAAGUUAUUCUGAAGCCCAAUUUCUUGGAUUUGGUUCGGAAGCUCAUUUUCCUGGAUUUGAAUUUCUUAAAUCCCAAAAUUUUUGAUUUUAGCGAGUUUUUCUGAAAUUCAAUUUCUUGGAUUUGAUUUGUGGGCUCAAUUUCUUGGAUUUGAAUUCCUCAGAUCCCAAAAUUUUUGAUUUUAGCAAGUUUUUCGGGAAUUCAAUCUCUUGGAUUUGAUUCGCAAGCUCAUAAGUUCAGAAGUUCCUAAGUUCUUAAGUUUAUAAGAAAGCCCAUGAGUUCCUGAGUUUGGGAGUUCGUGGGUGCAAAUGUGAAGGAGUGAGGGUUUGGGGCUUGGGGUUUGGAAGUGGGAGAGUGAGAGUUUGGCGGGGUCGUUGUUGUUUUUUAAUUUAGCUCUUUAAUAUUCUCAUCAUUUUUCUCUUGUUCACAAAAUCUGAUUUAUCUCGCAGACUGGUGACCAAAACAAAGCGGAGCUCGAUUUGUGGAAGGACCAGGUGCAGCGACUGUUGAAUAGCAAAGACGACUUGAUCAUGCGCGUCCCGGAGUUGCUCAAGGACUCCGCACUUCUUCUAGAUACCAAGCAGGCAGAGUGGAAAGACAAGAAUAAUUAUGCGCAAGACCUACCCAAGAUGGUACUGGCAGCAGUUACGUAAAGCUCCGUGGUGCCUAUGCGUGAGUCGCGACGUAAAUGAGUUAACUAUUACUACUUCUACUACACUAGCCUCUACUUUCCUUCUUCUUUGAGGAGGUAGUCAACCUGAACUUGAUUUUUCGAACAUUUUUUCCACCUCUAAGAACCAGCCAUGCACGAUCGGCACAAGCACCACCUGCACGCAUUGAAGGAUUCGCAUGAAGGGGAAACGGACAAACUAGUGAAGCAAUACAAAUUCUUUCUCAAGGAGAAGGAGGGUGAGACCGAGGAACUCAUCAAAAAUUUCCAGCAAUACUACGACAAAAAGAAGCGAGAAACCGCACAGUUCGAGGAGGAAAUGCUGGCUUUAUACGAGCUCAUACAACAGCUCACAAGAAUCAUCCAUGACAUGGAGACAGGUACCUAGAUUAACUAGAAACUGUAAAGAUUGUGAGAUUCUGUAUCAUUUGCCGUACUAGGAGACACCCUCGAUCUGCUGCGGCAAUACUGUAAUCAUGCAGUAUAACCUGAGGUAUUACAGCGUCAUUACAUCAUGUUAAUGUGACUCCGUAUGUCAAUUCAUUUUUUUAGCCAAUCUCUACUAGAAGUAAUAAAUUAAUGACUAACUAAUGAAAGCACCUACAAUCUAAACAAUUCAACACCCUUCUUAUUUUUCCAAUCUCUACUAGGUCAGUCUAGAGGACUAAUGUACCACUUUUAUCUUUCUCUUUAGUUUUCCAUUCUACGAAGCUGCAACCUAGACCUAGACCUGCUUCUAUCAUUCUAACCGCUUACAACAGGUCAGUACCCUGUUUGCUACAAGCUUGGGAUGAGAUGUGUGCAGGUGCCGCCAGGCGUGAAGCCUCCACUGCCAGCCAAAAGGAAGUUUGAGCGACUUUAUGCAGCAAUUGCAGAGACGAAGCGCAAAGCGGAAAAAUACGAGAGGAUGAUGAAUCUCAGGUCACUCCAGGACGCUGAAGGUAGCAAACUUCAGGUUGGAGGAAGUAGUGGGUCAACGCACGACGGUGGCAGUGGUCUUACGGGGAAAAGCGAAAUCCAGUGUGUAGUUCUAGUUCUUUUACUCGAGGGGGCUCGAUGUGCUGAAGGAUACCUUCUCAUCUAAGUAAUGUAACCUAUUCGAGUCAAUAACUUCGGUUGUUCCACUUAUUGAGGACAUUACUCACAAGUUAGCAGUUACCCAUCAUGAUCUAAUUUACAUCAUGCAGUGCCGGGUACUAAUAUCGGACAUACGAGCGCAACAGCACAGGCAGUGGCUGCCUACGAGCAAGCAACGGCUCCCCUGCACGUUACGAGAUUGCAUGUCAUUGCCAAGCGUCGAAAUAGACAUUUUGAGCUUGAGUAUAAGAGAACAUUACUACUACAAAGCAAGUUUAAGUCGUUGAGAUGUCGUCGUGGUAAAAGUUCAAUAUCCACCUUUGCCUUUUCAUCUUCUACUUGUUCUCUAACAAAAGUGGCAGCCGCGGCCAGCAUCAGAGUAGUAAGAAUGGCGACCCAUUAUCGAAUUGGGACCCCAGACAGUUCACCGUGGAUUUCUGUCGGUCAGCAGACGAGGACGGCGUCGACGCUUUGCGCGUGCUCAACGUGGAUCAGUUGAAGGCGCUUGUUCUAUGCCUAAAGGGGCGCUGUAACAUGCAGUUCGACGCGCAGUUAUGGCCGUUGAUAAGUACCCAAAUAAAGCAUUUCCAUAGGAGUAGAGUUCUCCUUGUCGAGAGACUUAGACGAAGUGAAGCCUUAGAUGAAGAUGUAGAUGACCUGUGGAAACGAACUAAUCUGUGAUCUGCUCUAACACAGGCGGAGAAAAUCAUGGUGAGAGAAGAAGUAAUGCGAGACUUGACGAGUCAUCCAACGGUGGAAUACCUCCGCUUCUUGGAGACAGAGGUCGACUCAUACAAAGCGAAACUCGCGGACGAAGCGGUGAAAACGCGGAAUCUCAAGGUGGCGCUCAGUUCUUCGCACAUACAAAAGGACGUAGCGUGGAAUUAGAUUUAGAUGGGAGUUGGAGUUGUUGUACUCCUGGAAGUUAUAAUAAAAUAUUCAUUCCGUUGUCGUAGUCGUUGUGCGGACGAGGAGCCUCGUCCCACAUCAUCGCGAUGAUCACAUAGUUUCAGAUAGCUGAGUCACACGCGAUGGCGAUUGUUGUAAAUGCCAUACUUCGCAUGAGCAUUGCUCACAAUUUUUCAUAUGUAAGUUUAAUGUAGAGAAAAUGUACCUGAAUGUGAAUGCCUUUUUUGUUCUUGUUCGUUCGAUAAUCGCCGACUUAGAUUUCUGAAGAAACUUCCUAAAACUUCAAUGUCGAAACCUGUAAUCGUCCAACUCCAAGCAAAACCUAAUGCCAAAGACAAAGACUAAAUACACUUACAAGUCACUGAAUGCUUAUGCUAGUACAAGACACUGAAAUUAGUUUGUUGCGAGCCUCAGAUGGGCCGAAUCCUAUUCCUAAGCCGUUAAUGCACAGUGGAUGAUCUUCGAUAGUAGCGGUGACGAGGGCCGCCUUCUGGCUUCUGCACAGCACCAUGCUACAUGGAGGGAUUCCACGGCGAAUCUUGGUUAAGAACAUGAUGUACUUACAACUCACUUACAAAAUGGAAAGGCGGAUAGAAGAUUCGUAAAAGUAUUUUCUACCAAUCUAGUUGUGACGGUGAUGCAUAAAAUGAACAAGCCUGUAGAUGUGGUUGCCAAAAAUUCUAGUCGCGGCUGACAUGCCAAAGUGUGACAGAGAUGCAAAAAAGGUUUUGCUAUAAGCAGAUAACUUAAAGCACUGAUUAAAAGGCAAAGCAGCGAAGCAUCGUCCUACACUUCGGCUAAUGUUGUCAUAUUAUCUCACUACAAACACCAAUGUCAUUUUCCUCAACGUCGCAGCGACAUGCUUUUUCUCUCAUCAAUUCUCAGUGACUCCGGCGGCUCGUUUUCCUCCUCAAUUAUACAUCUCGUUCCCUCCUCUCUCGUGGAUCGGACAGCGUCCGCCUUUUCAGGAUAUUCAUCCAUACAGAGACUGACUCUGAGCAUGCGCGUACUGCUUCUAGAAGAAUGAGCAACAAUGGCGAAUAUGGUCUGAAAUAACAAAUCGCGUUUCACUUUCAAGC